AUGUCGCGUCACUCUGGUCGCAGCGCGGCCAAGCCGUUCGCUGCUUGGACCACCGUCUUCUACCUCCUUCUCGUCUUCAUUGCGCCUCUGGCGUUUUUCGGAACCGCCCACGCCCAGGAAGAUGAAGUUCAGGAAAACUAUGGAAAAGUCAUUGGUAUCGAUUUGGGAACAACUUACUCUUGCGUUGGUGUGAUGAAAGGCGGAAAAGUCGAAAUCAUGGUCAACGACCAAGGAAACCGUAUCACUCCUUCUUACGUCGCCUUUACCGAUGAGGAACGUCUUGUCGGUGACGCAGCAAAGAACCAAUACGCCUCUAACCCCAAGCGGACUAUCUUUGAUAUCAAGCGAUUGAUUGGUCGCAAGUACGACGAGACCGAUGUUCAGCGCGAUAUCAAGAACUUCCCCUUCAAGGUUGUCAACAAGGAAGGAAAGCCCAAUGUCAGGGUGGACAUCAACCAGUCUCCCAAGACUCUGAGCCCCGAGGAGGUAUCCGCUAUGGUUCUCGGUAAGAUGAAGGAGGUCGCCGAGGGCUACCUGGGCGAGAAGGUCACCCACGCCGUUGUCACUGUCCCCGCCUACUUCAACGACGCCCAGAGACAGGCUACUAAGGAUGCCGGUACUAUUGCUGGCCUCAACAUUCUUCGUGUUGUCAACGAACCUACCGCCGCCGCUAUCGCUUAUGGACUAGACAAGGGUGAGAGUGAGGGAGAGCGCCAGGUUAUCGUCUACGAUCUUGGUGGUGGUACCUUCGAUGUUUCCCUCUUGUCGAUUGAUAACGGCGUCUUUGAAGUUUUGGCUACCGCUGGUGACACCCACCUUGGUGGUGAGGACUUUGACCACCGUGUCAUGGACUACUUCGUUAAGCAAUACAACAAGAAGAACAGCGUCGAUGUUACCAAGGAUCUGAAGGCCAUGGGUAAGCUGAAGCGCGAGGUUGAGAAGGCCAAGCGCACUCUGUCUUCCCAGAAGUCGACUCGUAUCGAAAUCGAGGCCUUCCACAAGGGCGAAGACUUCUCCGAGACCCUCACCCGUGCCAAGUUCGAAGAGCUGAACAUGGAUCUGUUCAAGAAGACUAUGAAGCCCGUUGAGCAGGUGCUCAAGGAUGCCAAGGUCACCAAGUCUGAGGUUGACGACAUUGUUCUCGUUGGUGGUUCCACUCGUAUUCCCAAGGUCCAGGCCAUUCUGGAAGAAUACUUCGGCAAACAGGCCAGCAAGGGUAUCAACCCUGAUGAGGCUGUCGCUUUCGGUGCUGCCGUUCAGGGUGGUGUCCUGAGCAACGAGGAGGGCACCACCGGUGUCGUUCUUAUGGAUGUUAACCCUCUUACUUUGGGUAUCGAGACCACCGGUGGUGUGAUGACCAAGCUCAUCCCCCGUAACACCGUCAUCCCUACUCGCAAGUCGCAGAUCUUCUCGACUGCGGCCGACAACCAGCCUACUGUCCUCAUCCAAGUUUUCGAAGGAGAGCGUUCUCUCACCAAGCACAACAACGUUCUUGGCAAGUUCGAGCUUACCGAUAUCCCUCCGGCCCCACGUGGUGUUCCCCAGAUUGAGGUCUCCUUUGACCUGGAUGCCAACGGUAUUCUGAAGGUCAGCGCUAGUGACAAGGGCACUGGAAAGGCGGAGACUAUCACGAUCAAGAACGACAAGGGCCGUCUGACCCCAGAGGAUAUUGAGCGCAUGGUCGCCGAGGCAGAGCAGUUUGCCGAGGAGGACCGUGUUAUUAAGACUAAGAUCGAGGCCCGUAACGGCCUGGAGAACUAUGCCUUCAGCCUCAAGAACCAGGUCAGCAACGAGGAAGGUCUCGGUGGUCAGAUCGAUGAGGAUGACAAGCAGACAAUUCUGGACGCUGUCAAGGAGGUUCAUGACUGGCUCGACGAGAAUGGUGCCUCGGCCACCACCGAGGACUUUGAGGAGCAGAAGGAGCAGUUGUCCAACGUGGCCUACCCGAUUACCAGCAAGCUGUAUGGCUCCGCUCCCCCCACAGAGGAGGACGAUGAUGACUAUGGCCAUGACGAAUUGUAA